ACAUCGUCGCUCGUUUUCCUCCUCUCAAGAGCGGCCGUCAGCAUUCGCGGUACAGUCAGAGAGCGUAGUGCGAGCCCGGUUGUGCGCAUCGCAUCACAUCGAGGAUUGUUUGACGUCGUCCAGUUGGAGCGCUGGCCAGCGUGUCGAGCGCGGAGUUCGCUACUGCGUGGUGACGCCUGCAGGCACUGGGACUAGAGGAGAUGGCGGUGAAGGCAGCUGUGCUGGUCGGCGUGAUUCUAGCCGUUGGUCUGACUGCUACGGCUGAGGACAUGCACGUCGAAAGGGAGAUCCCCGAGGGCCGUGUCCGUGGCAAAGUGGUGCACGUCCUGGACGGCGAGCCGGUAGAAGAAUACCUCGGAAUACCGUAUGCGGAGCCGCCCGUGGGCAAACUUCGAUUUCGGCCUCCGCAGCCAAAGAAAAGAUGGCAGGAUACUCUGGACGCGACCUCCACAUUAACUGCGUGCCCACAGAUAAAGAUGCCGCUGGUUGUCAUGAAGAACGUCACCUUUACAGAAGACUGCCUUCACCUCAACCUUUGGGUUCCUCAGAAAGCCAUGAACCCGGGCUCCAAACAGCCCGUGCUCGUGUGGAUUCACGGAGGAGGCUACACUUUCGGAAGCGCCAAUCAGGGGGAAUACAGUGGCGCCGUACUCGCCGCGACUACGGACGUCGUUGUCGUCGCGAUGAACUAUCGCCUCAGCAUACUGGGCUUCAUGAGCGCAAACUCUCCCGAGGCGCCGGGCAACGUGGGCCUCUUGGACCAAGUGAUGGUUCUCAAGUGGAUUCAACGUAACAUCGAGCACUUCGGAGGUGACCCCGAUCGGGUGACCUUGUUUGGAGAAAGUGCGGGCGCGAUGAGUGCGCACGCGCACAUCAUGUCUCCCAUGAGUGAGGGUCUCUUCAAGAGGGCUGUCUUGAUGAGCGGCACCAUGUACAACAUCGACUUUUGGGACAUGGUUCACGAGAGCAUGGUCAAAGGCAACAAGGUGGCCAACAUCGUGGGAUGCUCCAAAGGCGGUAACAUUGACCUCUCAUCCAACGCGGAAGACAUCAUCGACUGCUUUCGAAAGAAGUCCGCCGACGAGCUCGUCAAGGCGGCCUCGGAGAGUGUGGCCCCGAAGACGGUGCCUUUCCUACCGAUCUACCACGAUGCCUUCCUUCCGAAGAUGCCGCUAGUGGCCAUGAAUCGCGGCUUCUUCGCGUCCGUCGAUAUCGUGGCUGGUGUCACUUCCGACGAAGGAGCCUUAACGCUCUUGUUUCCGCCGCAUCCAGAACUUCUCCCCGACGACCUCGACGGGAGCAAUCCUGAAAAACUCAAGAAUUCUCUUCGCGCUGCCCUGUCCACAUGGGUAAAGGAGGACAUACCGGACAUAGAAGACAAGUACAUCGAAGAAGCGCCGAAAGGCGACGGGAAUGCCAUCAGGCGCCAGUUCCUGGACUACUUGUCCGACAGAUUGUUCAAUUGCCCGCUGCGUUUCUUGGCGGAAAAGCACAGCGAGAGAGGCAACAAGGUGUUCGCCUAUGUGUUCGACCACAAGUACGAUGCGUUCAACUUGCCGGCCUGGAUGGGAGCGCCGCACGCUACCGACCUGCACUUUGCCUUCGGCAUACCCUACACCGCCGAUCGAGGCUCCCCGAAUGGACGCAUGAGUGAGGCCUACAUGCGGAUGCUGGGAAGCUUCAGCGAAAACGGGCGCCCUGAGCUACCCAACAAACAGAAGUGGCCGAAGUACACGAGGCGCUCACCCACCAUGAUUCACAUGGAUAGCGACCACUUCAACGAGACAAAGGGUUUCCGUGCAGAACAAUGCGAACGCUGGAAGUCACUUUUCUAGGGAAAUCGCUUUGUAUCUUUAUGCUGUUAUAUAUUGCUUCUGAAGCUGUACAGUGUUGCAGAAUAAAUUAUGUUAUACGUA